GUAGGAACAGAGAAUUUGUGUAUGUGUAUGAAAGAGAGAGGAUGAGAGAGAAGAUAAUUUGUGUGUUUGUGUUUGAUUGAUAUGUGUGUAGUUCUCCAGAGUAGUUUGGGAGGGAGUAAGGUGUUGCCGUGGGUGAAUAAAAGGGAUUAUAUUUUUAGUUUAGUAGCUGAAUAAAUACAUGCAGUAUCACCUACAUAGGCCUACCAGACACAUCCAUAUAACACACACACACACACCAACACACAACACAAAUACUGCAGACAACCACACAAUAUUUUUGUGCUAUUUGAGGCGUUCUAUUUGCAAUUAUUAUCUAGACCCGUGUUGUUCGUGAAAAUGUUAGUUCUACUAAUUUUGUUCAUUUCACAUGACCAUUGGUGAAAAUGGUACUGGUUAUUUGUUUGGAAACAUUGGAAAGAUUACUUCCAAUUCUGUAACUUCCCUUUGGAAGAAAAGCCUACUCUAGGGUAAUCUACCUAUCCAUGUGCCUUAACUACACUACUACUACAUGAUGUAGGCUACGAUAUCCUGACUGAAAUAUCAACUCUAUUCUUUAGAGACCGUAAGUAGACAAAUAGCAAAUAAUGCACAGUAGAGCUUUGGCAACCAGAGAAUAUCCGGUUUGUCAAAAAUGGUCAAAGGUCAAAUCUGUUGCCUGUAGUAAAUAUUUUGUUAUUAUAGUCCAGAGUAUGAUACUCAAACUGCAGAAAACGAAAAGGUCCUAUAGAAUAACUGCCUAUUUAACUCUUCACAAAUAUUGUCCACGUAUACUGAAGGCCUAUACCACAAAGUGUAUGCUACUGUCCACUGCAGGCAAUCCAUACAUUUAUCAUUUACAGGCAUAUAAUGUGUUAAUAUACGCUAUUAUUAUUACUGACCGCACUGGACAGAUUUUGCCAUGCUUAAUGUAACAUGGAAGAGGAGUUUCGGCAUCAGAUUGAGUUUGUGUUACCCACAGAGGACUUUCGCCGAGUUGGCCAGACUCCCCUCCCCCAAACAGGAACAACCUCUUGAGAGAGAGAGAGAGAGAGAGAGAGAGAGAGAGAUUUAAGGUGGACAUUUAUUAUUUCAGAACGAUAUUUAAGGUGGACGUCUGUACUUUGAGCCACUGUUUCGCGUCAAUUAAUAGAUAAGCAGUUAGCAAUGUGGACUGUUCAACUGUGUCCUCUAAGAAACUUCGAGGAUUGAGGUGCACUUGUCUAGUGUACAUUUUCCCAGCGAAUAGAAAUACCUGUUUUUGUUUUGUUUGGUAUACUAGAUCUCUACUUUGGAAUACGCCUUUGCUUCCAUCGAUAGGGAAAUGGGUGCGUGGACAAGAUAGUGCUGAUACUGGUCAGUGCUGAACCACAGCCCAGGAGCUUGUGACUCUGUGGCGACAGUGACCGCUGAACACACAAACACACACACAAAGAGGCGCACACACACUUGGACUGAUCGUCUGACUCUUCAGAUGAGGACCUGCCCAGGUCUGUGAGACCUGAGGGUCAUUUGAGAAUUGGAACUGUGUGAAGUGAGACAUCGCAUUGCUGAAGCAGCCAUGGCACAUACUCACUGGGAGCUAUGGUGACACACUGGGAUAUGUGUGGGGGGGGGCAGUGAGGCUCCGAGGGGGUGUCCACGCAGAGGAUGCUGGAGGUGGCGGAGGACAGGAGCACAGGAGCACCCGGUCGAACAGAGCGAGCGAGAGAGCGAGCACGAGAGGAUCAGGGGUGCGACGUCCCCCCCAGGAGCACUCGGGCCAAAGCCACAGCAGCCACAGCCCCAGGAGCGCACACACACACACCCCCGCACCCACUCUCACACACCACGCCCAGUCCACAGCAGCACCCGGCUCCACCCAGCGCUGGAUCUGUGGGACUCUCGUCAAUGCAUCCCAGCAACGCCAAAGUCAGGAACUCCCCAUCAGCACACACCCAAAGUAGUCCUAAGUCAAAACAGGAGGCCAUGGUUCGCUCGCCCCCUGUCAUGUCUCCCUCCAGUGCUGCCCAGAUGGACUCCAAACUGCCCAAUCAGGGGAAACAGGGUGCAGGCAGCCAAUCACAGUCCUCACCCUGUGAUCCAAAGGCUCUGGGCGGGGGCCACAACCCUAAAGCGCCGCUGGGGGGGCUGGGCCUAAAGAACGGUCAGAGCAUUGGAGGCGGAGCAAAGGGCGGCGCUAAAGUGAAACGUGAGAGGAGCACGUCAGCGGAGUCGUAUGAGCAGCAUGACGAGGCCACAACGACCAAUGACAACGAGCCAAAAGAGAUGGGCAGCAGGGCGAAGCGUCUGUGUGUGUCUGAGAGGCGGCAGCCAUACAGUGGAGCCGACUGGUGCUCAGGAGGGGAGACUGAUGAGGAGGAUGCCGGUUUCUACAACUGCAACUCUGGCGAGAUGAAGCCGGAACCCAGUGCCCUGUCUGCCACCACCCCUACCCAGAAUGCCUUGGGAGGGCAGAGCUCGGGCCCUGAGACGGGCUGUGGCCAGAAGUCUGGAACUAAAGUCUGCUACAUCUUCACCACAGAGAUGGCGAACAAGGCAGCUGAAGCGGUCAUCACUGGUCAUGCCGACAGCCUCAUUGCCUACCACACGAGCCACAUCUCUAAUGGCAACAAGCCCACACUUCCCAUGAUGGGCCCCAUGGGUAGUGGCCCUAAGCAGUCAGGGGCCCCUCCAUCCUCCCAGCCCACUGAGCAGAACCAUCAGCCAGCUUCCAAACCAGCAGCUCCAGGCCCCCAGCAGCCUGCACCGCCAUCCCAGCCUCAGGCUUCCGCUCCGGGGACAAAGCCCCAGGACGGUCCCUCCUCAGUGGGCUUGGACUCCAAGAGUAUCCCUGGCGGGAGCCCCCAGGAUGGAGGCUCACAGGAGGCCAGCACCCACCCUGCGGGGUCAACUUCUGAGGGUAACCCUCCUCAGGGUCCAGGUGGGUAUCCACCCAUGGAACUGCCCAAGGGGGCAGAGGGCCAGUUGACCACCCAGCAGCUGCAGCAGCAGCAGCAUCAGCAGCUGUCCCAGGAGCUGAUGUCCCUGGGGGAGAACAUGGAUGGCCUGUCGCAGGAGCAGCUAGAGCACCGCGAGCGCUCGCUACAGACGCUGCGCGACAUUCAGAGGAUGCUAUUCCCUGACGACAAGGACAUGGCCGCCAUGGGGCCCCAGGGGAACAUGGGCGGCCCGCCGCCCAACCCCAUGAUGGAGGGACCAGGGGGCCCCAAGAAGCCAGAGCAAGGCCCCUUACAGGCCAUGAUGGCCCAGUCUCAGAGUCUAGGGAAGCCUGGAGGUCCUCGUCCGGAUGGGCCCCAGUUUGGCCCCCCAGGCCCCAGAGAUAUGCCCUUUCCAGAGGAGCCAGGGCCCCAUUGCCCCCACCACGGCCUUCCAGGUGAGGUCGGCGGAGAGACGGAGCAAAUGGCCUGGCUCAAGCUGCAGCAGGAGUUCUACGAGGAGAAGAAGCGCAAGCAGGAGAUAAUGAUGCACCCGCACGGUCCCCGCAUGAUGCGUGGGCCACCCCCGCCCUACCAGAUGAACCCUGGAGAUGGCUGGGGCCCUGGGGGGCCCGAGCCCUUCCCUGAGCAGAUGGGAAUGGGGGGCCCACCCCGGGGCAUGCACCCCCAAAUGCAGCGCUUCCCUGGCAUGAUGAACCCCGAGAUGGACGGCGGCCCCCACAUGCCCCGGCCUGGGAUGAACUGGCACGAGGGCGACGGGCGCGGCUUCCCCCAGGGCAUGUUUGGUCCGGGGGGUCCGGGGGGUCGGGUGGAGAGAUUCCCGAACCCGCAGGCAGUGCAGGAGGCUAUGUUCCAGCAGGGGAUGGGAGACAAGCAAGGCAUGAUGAUGGACAUGAACAGGAUGAUGGGAAACCCGCGGCACAUGGAGCCCGGGCCUGGAGGUAUGAUGUUUCCCAGGAUGCCCGGCGAGGGGCCCAUGAGCCCCUCGUCCAGGAUGGAGUUUGUGAAGGGCCUGAGCCGCGGCGACAUGGGCGACUUCGGCAUGGGCCCUGGGAACAUGGGCAUGGGGCCCAACCCUCAGAUGAUGAACCCCAAAAUGGGCAUGAGCCCCGAGGAGAUGAUGAAGAUGAGAGGAGGAGGAGGGCCGAUGCCAGAGAACAUGGGGCCCCAGCAGAAGAUGAUGCAGGGGCCUCCCUUCCCUGACCAGCCCCACCCGGGCGACUUCAACAUGGGGCCCAAUCGUCAGUUUCCCCCCAUGAAUCAACAGCUGGGUCUUGUAAAUGUUGGGAGGGGUCCGAGAGGAGAGCCCCCAUUUGGACCGGACCAGAGACAGGGUCCUGGGGGCAACGGCCGCAUGCAUCCUAACAUGCACCCAAACCAGCCCCCCAAUGCUGGCCCGCCCCCACCCCCUCCAAACCAGAGGGGAGGGGGCCGCAAGCAGUCGGAGCAGGCCAUGUCCCCUGGGAUGAACCCGCUUAAGUCCCCCCCUCUGCGACAGGUCCAGUCACCCAUGCUGGCCUCCCCCUCGGCCGGCCUCAAGUCCCCGCAGACUCCCUCCCAGCUCGCCGGCAUCCUCACCGGCACCGCGCCCACCUCCAUGGCCACGGCGUCUGCCUCCAUCAAGUCCCCGCCCAUCAUGGGUUCCGCGGGGGCUUCGCCCGUCCACAUGAAGUCGCCGUCGGUGCCUGCACCCUCACCAGGCUGGACAUCCUCGCCCAAACCCCCCCUCCAGAGCCCUGGGGCCCCGCAGGGAGGGAAACCCCCCCCCAACAUGAUGAGCAGCUCUGAGCCAGGCGUCCCAUCCUCUGCUCCGCCCUCCAGCAGCUCGUCCAAUCAACCAGGCCCUGGUAACAACAGUAUGCCAUCCAGCGGUCCCUAUAGCAUGCCGCCGGAGCCCACACUAUCCCAGAAUCCCCUAUCCAUCAUGAUGUCACGAAUGUCAAAGUUCGCCAUGCCCAGCUCCACACCCCUUUACCAUGAUGCCAUCAAGACUGUCGCCAGUUCAGAUGACGAUUCACCGCCCGCACGGUCACCCAAUCUGCCCAACAACAAUAACGGCAUGGCUGGUAUGGGGAUGAACCAGCACCCGGGCCACCCGCGCAUGAUGACGCCCGGCUCGUCCGGCCCCAUGUCCGCGCUCAGCCCCAUGGGCAUGAACCCCAUGGGCGCCCAGCCGCUACCCCACGGCAUGCCCGGCCAGAUGCCCAACCAGAUGCCCUCCCCUGGCUCUAUGGGGCCCGGCAUGCCCCCUCACCCAGGAAACAUGGGUCCGGGAGGGAUGAUGCCACAGGGCAUGAUGAUGCCCCCCGUGCACCAGGACCCUGGCAUGAUGGGUCAGGGGCGUAUGGGGUUACCGCCGCACCGCGGCUACCCUCCCGGACAGUCACCCCCGCAGCACGGCCCAUACCCCCAUAACGGCCCCGGGCCCCAGGGCUUUCCCCCUGGGAUGGGUUUCCCUGGGGAGGGGGGCCCUAUGGGCAGGAUGGGCCCAGGAGGAGGCCCCGAACCGGGCAUGUGCAAACCUGGAGGUGGGGGUCCAGAGUACGGCGGCGGGAUGGGUGGUGUAUUCGACUCUGACCUCCAGGAAGUGAUGCGCCAGGGAGCCUCGGGGAUCCCAGAGUUCGACUUGUCACGCAUCAUGCCGUCCGAUAAGCCCAGCCAGACGCUAUCUUACUUCCCCCGCGACGGGAAGCCGCCUCCGCACCAUGGAGGGCCGCCAGGCUUCCCUCCCCAGAUGCAGGCCAUGAUGGGGGAUGGAAGUCCCCGCAUGAUGGGGGGGCAUGGACCCAUGGGACCCCAGGACAUGCCCAUGGGUGGUGGGGGCCACGGAGGCAUGCGGUCCCAGGGGUUCAUGGGCCCCGGUGGUAUGAUGGGCCCGCAGGGUGGCAUGGCUGGGCCACAAGGUGGCAUGGGGGGGCCACAGCAUAGGAUGCUGUCGCCUGGCCAGCAGCAAGCCAUGAUGGGAGGCCCCGGCAUGAUGCAGGGGAAAGAGCGGGGCCCCAUCUACAACCACCCAGGCCCCGGAGGGUCCCCCAACAUGAUGAUGUCACUGCAGGGGAUGGGGGGCCCCCAGCAGACUAUGAUGAUGCCCCAGAUGAGGCCACGUGGCCACCCUGGGGAUAUGGGCAUGAACUUUAACCCUGGCCCCGGGAAUCCUGGGAAUAUGAUGUUCUGAGUUCUGAAAAACAAACACUUAACCUGUGAAGAUGGAAAUCAGAGAUCGAAGAAGGAGUUUUCACUCUUUGAAUUUUCCUACAUGUGUGUCUGUGAUGCUGUGAGUGUGUGUGUGUGUGUUUGUGUGUGUGUGUGUAGAUUGGGACUUAGCUUCACACACAGUGGUGGAAGUGGUGGUGAGAAAUUGGGUCAUGCACACUCGCACACAGAUUCACAUGUGCCAACUUCUCAGAGGUACCCAAACAAGGGAACUCAGUGUCCCUUGAACAUGAACAUGAACAUGAACCUUAGGGGUCAGAACCGGGCCUGAGAGCAUUUGGAAGAACUCCUAUCAUUGAGGACAGUUUGGACCAGAGAGUGGAAACACUAGUCGGCUAGGUUCUGGAACAAACGUGCAGAAGGAACUACAAGAGAGAACAAAUAUGAAGACCUAAAACAAAGACAGACUGUUGGAUAUAACAAGGAGAAUUUGCAUACAUACAUACAUACAUACAUACAUACAUACAUACAUACAUACAUACAUACAUACAUACAUACAUACAUACAAAGACAGACUUAAGUCAAGGAACUUCUUCUGAGGAGUUGCAGCGUGUUUGGCUGUAUGUUUACAUCGCACCCCGUGACCUCCUUUCAGAGGAGACUAAAGCUGUGUGUGUGUGUGUGUGUGUGUGUGUGUGUGUGUGUGUGUGUG